CAGAUAAUAGGAGCACCGAAUCUAUCCGAAUUAUCUAUAGCUUUAAAGAUUUUUAUUCAGUACUUGUUGGGGUUACAUGUGACCGCGUCUUAGAGAUUUUGGAACAGCCUUACAACGGUUCGGGGGUCAUAUCUCGUGGCUAGCAAGAUGGAGAGGCCGUCUACCUUUUCUGAUAUGAGGGACCAAAGGGCCAGCACGAGUCGGCAGUCUGUUGAUAAAGUCGAGGUCUUUGAGGUUCGGGAACAUGUUCCAUACCAAGCUGAAGUGACUAGAGCUCCAACCGCUUAUGAUGAAGAGAGUGGUGCUUCGUACACUUCCUGGGACUCCGCGUGGAGGGCCAUAUGCCAGCUGUUCAACUUGCUGCAUCACAUGCUGAUCGCAAUAGUGGUGUUCUGCCUGUGGCAUUUCGCUCUGACGUCAGCUCCCGACGGCGGUAUCACUAACAUGCAGUUGCACAUCAUAUUUGCAGGAACUGGUUACCAACUGUUUCUGGCGGAGGCGGUCCUGACUCUUCAUAAACACAACUCUUGGUCGUUCCAAAUGUCGCAAGACUCCAAGCGCAUAGUCCACGGGUGUCUGCAGCUUGCAGGUUCCUUAUUUGUAAUGGCUGGGACAUUCCUUGCAUUGACUGAAGUGGACAUGGCUGUCGGAACGGCGCAUGGCAUUUGCGGAGUGAUCGCGUUAGCCUUUACUGUAGUGAGUUUCAUAUCAGGACUUAUCGCGCUCUUCUCAUCAAAAAUCCGUUUGAUGAUCAAGAGUGGGCCUGUGAAGAUACUCCACAUGGCGUUGGGUAUGUUCGCGCUGUCCAUGGGACUCGUCAGCAUGAUACUAGGAUUCAAUACGGACUUCUUUACCGCCACACAGGGCAAUUUGGGCGUAGCACUCAUGACUUUCGUCGCAAUGACAAUACUCUAUUUAAUUUUCCAGCCUAUAUUCGACCUAAUAGCUACGGUGAAAAACAUGGCGUGACUGAUUGAUUUGCCUGGGUCCACUUCAAGCGAUAGUACUGUGUAAAAUUAGUUAAAAAGUAAGAGGGUAUAAUGAGGAAGAUUGCACGCUCAAUUGGAUGUCGGCUCAUUUGAAGGGGAUGGAAUCAAGGUAGGCGACGGCGCGAGUGAUAAAGUUUGUAUCGCAAGACUCUUAAGCUAUGGUUAGGGUUGCCCUACUAUAUAAUAUAUAAUAUAAGGAUCAAAUACCAUAUUUCUUAAAAAAAAUAUAGUAGGAGGAACUAUAUAUUUUGCUUAAAGCAGACUUGUCAGUAAAACCUUUUUUAAAAAUAAAAACUUAAUUAUUAAGCCAUGUAGCAGCAAAAUAAUAAUAAUAAAGUAAAUAUUUUUUCCAUUUUUUGCCUUCUUCUAUAUUUUUAGAGGUAACAGUUUCGAAAAUACUAUAUUAGAUAGAAAAAACGAAGGCAUAUUAAGCUUGUUUGCCACCCUUAUAACAUAAAACCCUCUAUAGUGCGAAGAUUGAGUAACGCCUCUGCUAUCAGAAAAAUCAAGGGCACAAGCGUCCAUUAUCGUAUCGCAUCGUCAGUUUCUAUGAAAACUAAGCAGCUCCACUACCGGACGUAAGAACAAACUGUCUCUUUGCAUACAAAAUUUGACGAUGACGAUACAAUUACGUCCACGAAUUCAUGAUUUUUUGCCCCUCCUCCCGUCCUUGUAACAACUGGUCACAUUUGUGAGACUCCCGCCCCUCCCUAGUGUGACGUCACGUCACACGACGUAUUUUGCAAAUUUACAUUUAGAAAUUAUUGAAUGAAAACAGCAGUUCUGAAAUCAGUUUUAUUUCAAUUUAAAUUAUUUUUUAAUAAUAUUAACAUCAAAUCAAACAAUUAACAAAACAAAAAAAACCGGCCAAGGGCGAGUCGGACUCACGCACCGAGGGUUCCGUACAAACUCAAUUUAAUACCUCUACGCGUUCACGAGAAAAGAGGUAGUAAAUUUAAAAUUUUCAAAAAAAAAUAUAUGAUGUAACUAAAAAUUUACGUUUUUCGCAAUUUUUCCUUUUACUGUACCAUAAGACGUUACUUCGUACCAAAUUACAAGAUUCUAAAUUCACGGGAAGUACCCUGUAGGUUUUGAUUCCCGUGCGAGUUUCGAAAAUUUGCGGAUACGCCCCUGGCUGUAUGUCCAUUACAUUUGGCAUUAAAAUUACAUGGACCUACACUAUAUUGAGAGUGAAAUCUUGUCUCUUAAACCAAUCAUCAGAGACGUUAAUUAGUUCAUUAUAAUUUUGAUUUAAGUUGAUAAGAUGUGACUUUGACUACCAUUAAAUUUAAUUGACGUCUCUGCGGGUGGCUUGUAACUUUAAUAACGAGUGAGGUGUACUUAAUUUAUUCUAAGUAGUAUUUUUAAGAAUAUAUUUUUAUGUAGGUAUAAGGUGCUUUAUCAUGUAAGUUUGCCCCCCUAGCAUGAACACCGCGAUAUGAUAUAAAACGCGUUUUUAUUACGCUCAAUUGUCAAAUUACUAUGGAGUUUGACAGCUCGACGCGUUAAAAACGUGUUAAAAUGUUAAUUGUGGUGCUCAUGCUACAGGGAAUAGAUCAAAUUCAAAAUUUUUAUGUGUAUUUGUUAUUAUCACACAUAAUAAUGUUCACAUGUUUGGUGUAAUUGGGUAUAACGAUCACUUAAAUUGAAUACAGAAUGAAUUCAAAACUGUUUAAUCUUUUCUGAAGUUUUGGGUUGAUGUUAAUUUUCAAUUUUAUAAGUCUCGAUUAAUAUAAUAUUUAAAAUUGUAUAUUUACCAAACAGACCGGUGACGAUAUGAUCCUUUCCAACCAUAGAGCAAUAGGGAAGGGAGUAGCGACCUAUUACUAUUUAAAUAAUUCUACCAUUUCUUGUGGAGGGGGGGGGGGAGGGAUAGGCACACAAACGAAGAAAAAAACCGGCCAAGUGCGAGUCGGACUCGCGCACCGAGGGAGUUCCGUACAAACCCGAAUUUAAAAAAAUAUUGUUUAUAUUGGCUGUAUCUUUUGAUUGCUUUGGCUUAGAGGGCUCCAAGGGACAGUAGACCUGAGUAUUAAAUAAAAAAUUCAGUUUGAUACCUCUACGCGUUCCUGACAAAUACGGUCUUGACAGACGGACGGACGGACAACAAAGUGAUCCUAUAAGGGUUCCAUUUUUUCCUUUUGAGGUACGGAACCCUAAAAACCGUAAUUACAAUAGAUAAAUCUUUGAAAAUUACGUCACACUCUAAAUGGCAUAAUUAACAGCCAAAUCCUGCACACCUGUAUCGUUUGUAUGCCCAAUUCGACAGGGGAAAGCUGUGUAUACCUACUCCCCUCCUGGCCGCAUCGACCGUGUUGCUAUGUUUUCAACAUUGAAAAUAGGCUAUUCUUGAUUGUACAGUAAUCUUUAAGAUGUUUUCAGAGGAGAUUUAGAAUUAAUUAUGUACUUGUAUUGUUAUUGUAGCAUAAUAAUAUAAAGUAGAAUUAUGUGAUCUAAUACCAUUGUGUGCGCG